AUGUCUGAAUCUCUUAGUCACCCUUAUGCCAAGAAACCGAAACUUUACGAAUGCAUCGGGCGGAAAGAGUAUUCUGAUUUCAAGGAGACACCUCGUCACAGCCGCCUACAAAUUAUGAAGUCUUUCUUCACUCACUCUCAGAUUGACAUUUGCUCUCUUCGAAAUUUGGCUGGACUUCACGGGCGAAUCAAUCCUUAUGGACCAUAUAGCAUCGCAGCUUGUUUGAGUGGUGGUGCUACUCAAGUAGAAGAAAAAAUUACGAAUGUUUAUUUGAAUCUCAAAUACUUCCCAUCCCGUUUCGAGUCCAUUAUCAGAAAAAAGUGUUCGAGCACGACAUUGAAUGAGAUGGCCAAAAAUGGAGUCUGCCCGACCGAACAGCUCCCGUUUACUAUUUGUCAGUGUGAUGGGGACGUACGAACCAAGCUUCGGUCACAAUUCAAAGAAGCGGAGACGUCUUUGGUGCUCCAACAAAUGGAGAAUGAAGAAAAUGAAAAACUUCGUAUCGAAAGAGAAUCAAAUAUGUCUAUACUAUCUCUGUUGAAGGCUAAGAAGAAGAGAAUGUCAUACACACUCGCAGAAUCAUAUGGAGAUCCACUGAAAAAGUAUGUUGAGUCGUUACAAAAACAUCUUUCCGGUCCGCUUUUCAUCGAGCCCACUCCUGAAAGUAUUCCAACAAACUCACAACUCGCCAAUUCCAAUCCUCCAAAGAACAAUCGAUUAGAUGAGUAUCAGUCACCACUUCAUCGUCUUCUUCAAUCCGCAGAGCCUGGAAAAAACGGUUUGGCUUAUGUUUCGGAAGUUUUGAGUGCUGACUUCGUCUUUGAAAAAUACCAGCCCGAAAGCGCACCAUUCAAUGGUUCCAUUCCCCCUCUACUCCCUCAACUGUCACAGCCAGCUGAUGUUAAUUAUUACAAAACAAUUGCAAAGUGCGCGUCUCAAGAAUCUACUUCUCAGGGAAACCCUGCAAAUUCACAAUUUGACGGCUUACCUAAUAACCAACCGACAGCUGAGUUCUCAUUAUCAUUCUCCAGCUUUCUCCAAUGCUCAGAGCCUACGAAGAAAGGUUUCACGGAGGAAUUAGACACGAAUACUUAUCAAGAAACCAGCUCCCAGACCAACCUAACACCAUCAAUUUCUGCAACACAAGCUGAGAGGAGUUUGGCGUGUCUGAUGGACUACGUCCAUGAGCAGAAUAUGAAAAUGACACCUGUCGAGAAGCAGUUCCUACACGAACAUACAUUUGCCGUACCCGCACUGCCCAAAAGAUUCCAACCAGCGGAUAAUCAUGAAUCAAACAGGACGGAAUUAUGCAAAUCACUGCUUCUUCAUGAAACGCCCUCACAUAACUCGGAUCGAGCUAUUCUUGCCGGCGGUGACUUUACGUUUUUGGUCGACUAUGUGAAUAAAUUAAAUACGGAAAGAAGCCAAGGGGCUAGCCGGUUGCCACAAGUUGAUCCGUUUGUUCCCAUUUCGAAACUCGCAUUGCCCCAACGAGCACAAGCAGAAAGAAAAUAUACAGGAACUUCAAACUGUGCACACGAAAAAGAUGACUGUAUAUUACUUUCCAACUCAUCGAGUUGA